AUGCACAGACAAGCAGGGCUCACGAGCGGCAGCAGCAGCAGCAGCAACAACAACAACAACGGUAGCACAAAGAACAGCCACAGCAACAGCAGCAGCAGCACAGCAGCAGCAGCAACAACAGGAGCAGCAGCAGCAGCAAAAAUGCCUGAAGAAAUGCUGCAGCAGCGCAGCAAAUGUCUUUUGCAUGCAUGCAGCAACCCCACCCAUAACCACCAUACUCCGCUACCUCGUACGCUGCAGACGUGUCGGUACACCCCAAGGGAGCCGACGCUCCCUCUGCAGCAGCAGCAGCAACAGAAGCAGCAGCAACAGAAGCAGCAGCAACAGAAGCAGCAGCAACAGCAGCAACAACAACAACAGCAGCAGCAGCAGCAACAGCAGCAGCAGCAGCAGCAACAGCAACAGCAGCACCAGCAAUACGAGCAACAACCGCAGCCGCAUGAGUAG